AUGUCGUCGAUGACCUUUGGGCAGAAAACUUUCACGCCCACUCCUCCUGAGAAAGGCAGUUUUCCUCUGGAUCAUGAGGGUCGAUGCAAAAGUUCAAUGUUAAGAUAUAUGAUAUGUCUUCAGGAGAAAAACAAUGACAAUUCACAGUGUCGCAAAGAAGCAAAAGAUUAUUUGAAUUGCCGAAUGGAAAACUAUUUGAUGGCCAAAGAGGAAUGGUCUAAGUUAGGAUUUAGUGAAGUAGAUGUUAAUGCAGAAGAAUCAAAUAAAAAACUUUCAGCUCAUCUCACAAUGGGUGAUUCUGUAAAUGAAGAACAUUCAUGUAUGUCAUCUGCAGUAAAAAGACAUCUCUUGAUAGGAUGCACAGGAAGUGUGGCAAGUAUCAAAUUACCAGAAAUCAUACAAGAAUUCAAGAAAAUUGCUGGUGAAAAUGUUGAAAUUCGUGUUGUUGUUACCCAAUACGCCAAUCAUUUCUUCAAGGAAUCUGAUCUUCCAAAUAGUAUAGAAGUAUUUAAUGAUGAAGAUGAGUGGAAAGCAUGGAAUUCACGUGGGGAUCCUGUCCUUCAUAUAGAAUUGGGGAAGUGGGCAGAUCUCAUGGUUAUUGCUCCUCUUGAUGCUAAUACACUUGCCAAAAUAGCACAGGGUUUAUGUGACAACUUGUUGACUUGUGUGGUCCGUGCCUGGGAUAUGAAGAAGCAUCUUCUGUUUUGUCCUGCAAUGAAUACAAGAAUGUGGAAUCAUCCUAUUACUUCAAAACAUAUAUCAGUGUUGAAAUCCUGGGGUUAUUGUGAAAUACCUCCCAUUUCAAAAACACUAAUGUGUGGUGAUAAAGGAAUAGGUGCCAUGGCUGAAGUUUCUACAAUAGUACAAAGAGUGCAAGAUUGUUUUGUAAAUGAAAAAUUGUUAGCUCAGUGAUAUUAGAACAUAUUUUGUUCAUAGUUAAUUUGAAAUACUAUUAAUUGUUAAUUGAAAGAAUAUUUUAUUGUACAAUUAAAUAUUAUUACUCUUAAAUAAUUGUAGUCAUGUAUGGUAUUGAUUGGUUUCCCAUUGCAUCAAUAAUUUUCUUUUUCUAUGUUUUAACAACUUCCUGCACUAAUAUUUUGUCACAUAUUAAAAAUAAAACUUUUUUAUAAAUUUUUAGUUGAAUAUGGUAAUUAAAUAUCGUGAAUGGAAUUUGCAUAAUGUAUGGAGAUAUUUAAACUUGUAUUAAUAGAAAGUAAUUAUCUUAAGAUAUCUUGAGAAUGGGAAAAUCUCAUAUUUGCUCAUUUUGCAGCAAUUUGCAGGUUUUAUUUCUUCAAUAGGAGAUAUCUGAAAUUAAACAUUAGCAAAUUUUGGCAUUCCUGAAUGUGGGAUGUCAAUUUAUUAAUACAUACUAAGUAAAUUAAUAUAGGGUAUUGAAUAAACUAAUUCUAAAUAGCAGAUCUUUUGGUUUAUUUAAUUUAUUUUUUAAAAUAAGAAUCAAAUUGCCAUACUAAUUACAUUGGCAGGCAAAAUGCAACUUAAAUUCUUAGAGAACAGUAUAUUGAGUUACUGGAUUUUGCAAGUAAAUGUAUUAAGUAAAUGAACAAUUACGAAAAAAAAAAAACAACCAAUCCUUUGAAUAGAUUUCUAUGGUUGAAGAAUAAAAGUUAUUAGUUUUUUAACUAACUCUCUGUGGUAACAAACUUUGACCCCAGGGUAAAGGUUUGUUAGCACAUAGUUUCUCAGGUGAGAAAAUUAUUUAAUUGUGCAUGCAAAUUGAUUACAACUUACUAGUGUUCAGCAAUUAAAAAAUCUUUCAAUUUCAAACAAUAUUUUGAAGAAAAAAUAGGACACUUCAACUAGAAUUGGUGUAGUCAAGCUAUCAAUUGUGAGUAUUGUGUUUAUUUUGCCUAAAUGUUCUUCAAAGGCUUAAUUUCUGUUUGAAAAAAUGAUAUUCUAAUAUUUUAGCAUAUUUUAUCAGGAUAAUGAAUAUUAUCAUAAAAUUUCAGAUCAUUUGUUGGUAUAUGCUUCUUUAUUAAGCUUUUAUGAACCCACCUCUGAGUAAUUUAAAACAGUUCUAAAUACAUUUUGGUUAGGAAUACAAAAUAUUCCAUGAAAUAUUUCAUUUUAAUUUCUUUUUGAAGUAAAACCAAGUGUGUAAAUGUUUUACAUAAUUUGCUAAUUGGAGAUUCUCUUAGGAAAUGUCCUCUAUCCUGGCCUAUUGGAAGAACUUUCCCAAUUAAAAUAAACAAUAUUGGACAACUAUCAUCCAUUUUUUGUGAAAGAAGCAGAGAGGCUAAGCAAUAUUUUUGGGUACAUGCAAUAUUGCUCCUAGGAGGAGAAACCAAUAUAGUUUUAAUCACCAAUCUUCAUACCAUAAUUUGGGAGGAAAUCAGAAGCAGCAAUGUUUUUGUGAGCUGUGUUAAAUGUAAAGUUUGCUCCUAGGAAGAGAAGCCAUCAGUAAUCAAUGUGUUUUCCACUACAGAUUGUUGAAUUACUCCACUGAAUUUUGUUGUUAAAAAUGCCAGAAAAGACCCUUCAAUAGAUUUCAUUUUUUUACAAACUGCUCAAGUAGUAGUUCUGCUGACAGUGAGUUCCCAACGAUAUUAUUGUGGAAGGGGGAUCCAUACUUUACAAGAAGUCAAGUCAAGUAUGCUCUUAAAUAAGUAUUAGGAAAUUGCACUAAUAGUUAUCCAUGAGGGCUCAUAAUGAAUGCUGACAAAAAUAAACUUCCUAAAAAUAAGUAUUCUAUGGUGGGGGAAAGGGGUAAUUGAACAAGAGAUGCUUCACCACCACAUUCUUUCUUGCUUUAUUUGCAACAGUUUGUAUUAUUUCCACCACCUCAUACAGGUAAGAAAGGAUAAAUUCACAUAUAAAUUGAACAUUCACAACUAAAGGCCAUCCAAUGUAUCGCAUUUUAUGAAAGUAUUCGAAACUACAUCAUUACCUUACGCAUAUAUGUUUAUACAUUCUUCCUGCCUUUAAUGAAGUUGAAUAUAGCAUUUUAUUGAACAUAGAGAACACUAACAAUAAGUAAAUAAAGCCACUUUAUCUUCCCAUCAUGCCACUGUUCAGCCAUGAACUUUUCAAAUAUCCGUCACUGCAUUGUUGCCUAAAGCAGCAUACAAUGGUAAUAUAAAAAUAACGUAAUAAAAGUUUGUACAAAAUUAUGAUACUCAAGUUUUUAAA